AUGAAAUUUCUCUACAACGAUACGCGCACAUCACAGCUAUUACAUGGAUGGUAUAGUAAAGCUGUACACGUUGAAGCAAAUUUCUUCUUCCAUUACCGCGGUAAUCUCAUUCAAAAGUCAUUUGAGGGUCUGCUCCGUAGCAUUCUCAGCCAAGUAUUAGAGCAAGCCCCCGAUAGCCUUUCAUUAAUUCAAGCGAUAAUAAAACACGCCUCUCAGAACGUCGCAACAAUACGAGCAUUAGCCACUCAAAAGAAGACUGAACGAGUUGGAAGCUUCAUAGAUGGACACCACGACCGCGAAAAUACUCAAUAUUUGACCGGAGACGACAUUUGGACGCUCCAAAAUCUGAAGAAAGCCCUACAUCGAGUCAGAGAUCAACAAUCAAUGGAUCUAGAUCUAUGCAUUUUCAUUGACGCGCUUGAUGAACACGACGGGCCGCCAGAAUUUAUUGCAGAGUUCCUGAAGGACAUAACAAAGCCACGAAACAGUCGCACACGUAUCAAGAUUCUCUUUUCCAGCCGACCAUGGGAUGCCUUCAAGGACGCGUUUCCCAAUUGCCCUGGUUUUCAGAUUCAUGAGCAUACCGACAAUGAUAUCCGCGAACUUUGCACCCAUGUCAUAAACAAUGAAUGCCCUGGCUCACAAGAACUUUUCCAAUUGGUGGAAGAGAUUGUGAAGCGAGCCAAGGGUGUUUUCUUAUGGGUUAAGUUGGUGUUGCAAGACUUGUCCAAGACUGCAGCAGCUGCUCUACCGGGUAGCAGCAGUGAAGCUCUAUCCAGCGAACUACGGAUCGCUUUGCAAAAUCUUCCCGAGGACUUAGUUGAGUACUACAGCACCAUAGUGGAACGGAUACCUCAAUCUUUCCGCCGCGAGGCAUUUUGUUUACUUGAAGUUGUUGCUAAAGGAGAUGAGAUUUAUCUUGCCGAUGUGCCAAAAAUUCUUUGCUGCUUGAACUUCACACGCUUUUCCGAGCUGCGCCAAAUUCUUGAGAACCAGGAUGAACGCACCCCUGAGCAUUGGGCUACUUUGUUGAGAACUUAUACUGGCGGGCUUAUUGGAAUCCAUAAGCCACAUAAACUUCAGUUACUGCACCAGACGACUGUAGAUUUUGUUCAACUGCCAGAGUUCAAAAAUAUUGUUCUGCGGUCAGGCACGCAUGCUAUCAGCGAUAACGGGCACACUUUUCUCGUAAAGCUUACCCUUCUCAAAAUUCCUGGAGAGGAAAAUGGGAGUUACGGACGAAGAUAUGAACUUUGGCGCCAUGCCAAGUGUUCCGAAGAAACGACUGGGAGGAGCUUGUAUUCGUUUUUUUCGGACGGCCCCAUAUUUCAAUCUCUUGACCUUUAUUCAAAGUGUAACCCGCAAAGACUUUCACCCUCCAAUUCGGACUCGGGAUCUCCACUUCAAUUGGCUUUCCAGGCUCAUCCUCGCCUCUUUAUCGAGGACGCUGUACAAUCUGAUCCAUCAAUCAUGUCCAGAUCCAUGGAUUAUUGCGCACUAUUCGUUUUUGAUGCAAUAUCUCAUGGCCAAGUUACCCAUGAAGAGGCUGUGCAGAUGAUCGACUUUUUAACUGCUCAUGAUUUCCCUUUCGAAAAUCAUGCUGACUGCUUAGCUGACGCUCUCCUCUGGUUACGGACCGAAAUGCGGACUCAUCAAUUCUCCAAUGCUUUAUCUCUUUUAUGUCUCGAUAUUAUCAAAAGAUUUAAAAAUCUAGAAAUGGCCGUGCAAAUUCCUGCUUGGGGCAUCCGUAAGAGUUCACCUAGUAUUAUGGUGCCAAACACAGCAUAUCUUAUUCAUUUCUGUUCUCACAGCAUGACUAAAUACCUUAUUCAAAGAAAAAUAAAUACGAAUAUGAUGGAUUCACUUGGACACACGCCGCUGGAUUGUUAUGCUAUGCAGAUAUACUACUACUAUAAUCUGUCUAUCGAGAAGCAAGCACAUCAAGUAAUGACACUUCUUGCUCAGAAUGGAGGUCGCCUGAAUAAAUGUACUGCAAAAGAUUGGGAAGCAAUUAUGAGAAGAUUCCAAGAGUCGAGUUUUGAUGUGUCACUAUUCGAGCGUUUAAGAUUUCCUAAAUGGAUCAAUACACCAGCAGAAGGAGGAUUUUUCAGACCAGUUAUACGCAAAAUCCGCCAAUAGGUGGAACAAAAUGUAUACAACGAAAUAAUGAGCUGCAAUUAUUAAUUUCCUCGCUAUGUUGGA